CGUUCUUUUGCCACAUGCAUUCAGCCGCCGACAGGGUGCAGUUCACGACACCGCCAGCAGGGGGCGGCCGUGUUCAGCUGCACAGGAAGGAUUCCCUUCAUGGAGGCGCCGCUGGGUGUCUCGGCGGAAGAGACUCUAUGUGCGUUUAUACUCAGCAACAAGGAUGGGCACGGUUUGAAUGUAACUGUUUAUCAUAACGAAACCUGUCGUGCGUCUGGGUCAAAACAAGCGGGAUGUGUUUGCGGCUGUGAAACGUCGAUAAGAUGAAGCGACCCGGAGACACGACGCUGCGCGUGAGCAGUUUAAGCUAACGGUGUCAUGCACAGAGGCCAUGAGGAUGGUCACAGCGGGCUGAGGUUCACCCACUGACCAAGCAGGAGCCAUGAAAGAAGCUGGCGGAGCAGAGUGUGGAGGCGAGGCCCUGUUCGAGGACCAGGACUUCCCCUCGGACGACACCUCCCUGUUCUCGGACGGCUCCACGCCCAUCGCCAGGCUACAGGGUGAAAUCACCUGGCGACGUCCGCAGGAGAUCUGCCAGUCGCCAUCUCUCUUCCCUGACAACAUCAGCCUGGGUCAUGCAAAACAAGGCUUGUUAGGAGACUGCUGGGUUCUCUGUGCCUGCACCUUCUUGCUCAAGAACCAACUGCUACUGAACAAGGUGUUUCCUCCAGAGCAGCCCCAGUGGGGUGACAGCAGAUACAGCGGCUCCUUCCAGUUUUGUUUUUGGCAGCAGGGACACUGGACCGAAGUGACCAUCGACGACCGCCUGCCCUGUAUCAAUUCCACUCUCUGCUUCUCACGCUGCCACUCCCCCACUGCCUUUUGGGUAGCUAUGUUGGAGAAAGCCUAUGCCAAGCUUCAUGGCUCAUAUGAGCGGCUGUGGGCAGGGCAGGUGUCCGAGGCCCUGGUGGAUUUCACCGGGGGCCUGGCUGAACGCUGGAGCUUGGGAGAGGUGAAGGAGGAGCAGAGGCCAGAACAAGACAGUGACCAGGUCAGGGGGAGAAGCCUGGACCUGAACCUUCUGUAUCCAGUGAAAGACGAGUGUGCGGUUAGCUGCUCCACUCGCAGCAACCCAGCAGGUGCCAGUGAGCUCGGUGAGUACCAUGCGCUGACUGUCAUGGAGUGGUUGGAUGUCCAGAUGUUGUCAGGGGGCAAAGUUCUGCUGCUCAGGAUCAGAAACCCCUGGGGAAGAUGCUGCUGGGGAGGGGCCUGGAUAGGGAGUGGUUUGGGUUGGAGUUCCGUCGACCCGGUUUCUGCUUUGGACCUACAAGCCAGGGUUGCGGAGGGCGAGUUCUGGUUGGAUGAAACCGAAUUUCUGUCCCAGUUUGAUGAUGUCACAGUGGGCUACCCCAUCAGUGAUGAGGGGCACCUAAAGAGCAUCUAUACUGGAAAUCUGCUGCCACACAGCCGUCAGCUGGCUGGCCGGUGGGUGAGAGGGCACUCUGCCGGCGGCAGCCGAAACAGCAGCAGCUACGGCAGCAACCCAAAGUUGUGGCUCAAAGUGUGCGAGAGAGGAGAGGUGCUGGUGUCCCUGCUGCAGCAUCGAACAUGGAGAACCCCAGAGCAAAGCGCACAGACGGCACUCGAGGAUGGCAAGAACACGACACGCCAGCACUACCAGGCUAUUGCUCUGCACAUGUGGAAGGUGGCGAAAAGGCGCUUUCGUCUCAGCCGGAUGUUGAACAAGCCUCCUUGUGCUUCUUCUCGCUGCCAUUCCUAUGAGAGAGAGGUGGUUGUCCGUGAGCAGCUGGAGCCUGGACACUACCUGCUGAUCCCCAGCACCUACCAGGCGGGAGCUGAGGCCCGCUUCCUCAUCAGGGCCUUUUCCUCCUCUUCCAUAUCCCUCAGUGCCCUGACAAGCCCAGCGCCUGCACUGCCAUUGACCACAGAUGCAGAGUGGGAGUCCAGUUACUUCCGGGGCUCGUGGGUGGAGGGAAGGACCGCCGGAGGAAGCCGGAAUUUCCUGUCUCACUGGCAGAACCCAUGCUUCCCUUUUACAGUUAGUGAUGAGUCAGCAGUGACAUCAGGAGUUAAUGUCAGGAUCACGCUGCACCAGAGCCGCCCGGACACUGAUCUUCACCCUAUUGGCUUCCACAUUUAUAAGUUUCCAGAAGGUGAAUCUGAGCAGACUUUACCAAGGCACGAGGAUCCGGCAGCCAGUUGUGUCCCUCACUGCUACACACAGGAUGUCAGUCUGGCCUGCCGUCUGCCCCCCGGAGACUACACCAUAGUGCCGUCCACCUAUCAGCCGGACCGCUCGGCAAACUUCACCCUCGGCCUGGAUCUCAGGACACACAGGAAAGUGGUGAAAAGCCAGGAGAGACUGGGAAGAGCCAUUCAGGAGGUCUCUCACAUCUCUGUGAUGCAAAGCUAGCUCUCUGGCACUGUUGCUGCUCGACUGACGUCGGCUCACCUCCCGGUGCCUCUUGGCCCAUGAUGAAAGAACCAGUUCUCCCAUCCACCCUCGCCACGGAGGCUGUGGAUGUGUGUGUGUGCGUAUUUGUACCACUAGUGGCUGAGAAGGCAGGCAGGCUGAUUUAGUGGGAAUCCUGAAAACCCCUUUAUUCUGAACCGCUGAGGGCCGAUGGGCAGCCACUCACUCAUUGCCGAUUAGGACUUCAGAGGUUGUCGGUGGGCUGGGCUGCUAAUGAAGUAUGACGGGACUUGGUGGUGUAAACAAACAGCCGCAAUUGAAGAGGGCCGCCGCUGCUCUUGCUCAUUCACUCACUGGUAGGCCUGCCGGCCUGGAACAAAGGGUCCUCUCAUGAAGGUCCUCACAGAGGCACCGGGGGCGAGGGGUUGGUCUGACAGCAGAGAUAACCAAACCACACCAUAAUGUGCCAUACCAUGCCAGAGCCAUCCCUCACCCCUAAACACUCUACUCCUUGCCUUGCCUGUAUUGUUCGUCUCAAGACACGGAACCUUUUUUUCCUCAGUCCUCGUUCCCAAACAUGCUCCCCAUUAGGACUAACACUGAAGCCAGGCUGGACCCAAAGAACCCCACUUUGUUCUUGACUCCAUACUCGCCCCCCCCCCCCCCCCAGCUCCCUUUUUGUUCCCCCAGACUCGGUCCACAACUUUGCCUGGACCCUGAACAGACCCACGGUUUGAAGUUGCCGCGAGAACAGAUGGCAAGCGGAUGGAUGAAAGUGAUGAAACGAGGGGAUGCGGCACAUCAGAGGAAGCCGGUUCAUCAAAUGAAGCCGCCAGCCCUUGUUGUGUUGAGGCUGCGUAUGUGUGGUGGUGUGUGUGUCUGCCUGCGCGUAGCCACGUCUGUGUCAAAGUCACAGGGUUUCUGAUGACUCAUUAGAUCCAGUGUGAACAGAGACUUUUGUGAAGCUAUAAUUGACUGAUUAGAGUGGUACAGUGAUGUGUAUUUAUGAUGGUUGGAAGUUAAACAAUAUGAAUAAAGCAUUAAAAGCUAA